AUGCCAGGGGUAACCAAGUACAAUUUAGUAGAUGACGUGCACGAUUUGAGGAUCCCCAUGCACAACGAGGAGGUGUUUAAGCAUGGGGUCUGCUUCGAGGCAAAGUACAUUGGCAGUUUGGAGGUGGGUCGCCCCGGGAGUCGAAUGGAGAUAGUCGCUGCGAUGAGGAGAAUCAGAUAUGAAUUCAAACUGAAGAACAUAAAGAAAAAGAAGGUCAACAUCGUCGUAUCAACUGAUUGUGUCAAAGUGAUUUUACGCAAAAAGAAAAAGAGAAAAGGCUGGUCGUGGGAUGAGAAUACCAUCUUGGUGACUCAGGAUCCCAUCUACAGGAUCUUUUAUGUGUCUCAUGAUGCUCAAGACUUGAAGAUCUUCAGUUAUAUAGCGAGAGACGGACAGAGCAACGUUUUCCGCUGCAAUGUGUUCAAGUCAAAGAGGAAGUCGCAGGCCAUGAGGAUCGUGCGCACGGUGGGUCAGGCGUUUGAUGUGUGUCACCAGCUGACCCUGCAGCAGAAAAACGAUGACCAGGAGGAUGAGGAGGGAAAGGCCAAGGAGUCUGAGGCAAUGCCAGCAAAGAAGAGGUUUGCAUUGUCAGAGGAGACAGACCUUGAAGCCACUACAGAGGAGAGCAUUGAGUGUGUCUCUUCAUCAGACCUGGAGAAGAGCAAAAAGGACGAGGUCCUUGGUAACGAUGGGAAGGCGCCUGAUGACCCACCCUUUCUGCUGAGCUCUCCCAUCCUCGGAGCCUCUGUGUCGGAUCAGUCGGCGGCAGAUGCUCCCUGCUCUGCAGAGCACCAGGUCCAGCUCCUUCAGAAACAACUGCAGCAGCAGGAACAGCAGGCGCUGGCAGCUUCAGCACAGGUUCAUGUGCUCCAGGAGCAGCUGUCAGUGGAGGUGUGUGCACGGACUGAAGCCCAGACCAGGGUGCAGAGGCUGCUGCAGCAGAACACUGACCUGCUGCAACACAUUUCCCUGCUGGUCAAACAGAUCCAGGAACUGGAGCUCAAAGCUGCCGGCCAGUUAACAUCAAUGGGCUCCCAGGACAGUCUUCUAGAGAUCACUUUCCGCGCCAAGCCCCCCAGUGUGGCCCGUGAACCCCUCACCCCUUCUUCAUCUACAGGCCCUUUAGCAGCUCAGUCCCAGCUCCAGAUUGGUGACAGUGCCUGGGCCUUCCCCGGGCCCUGCUCUCCAGGCACCAUUGGAACCGACACUAGCCCUCUGGGGCUCAGCGGCAGUGGUGUUCGACUGGAGUGCUUCCGCUUCUCCUCCCGGGGGCCGGACAGCCACGAGCAGGGCCAGGAAACAGGGGAGACUCCCAGCGACGGAGCCCCAGAUGAGAGCUCACUACUUGGGGAGCAGGUCCUCGGAGCCCUGGAGCUGCUUAGGUUUAGGGAGUCAGGGAUUGGAUCGGAGUACGAAUCAAAUACAGAUGAAAGCGAUGAUCGGGACAGCUGGGGACAAGGCGAGGGAAUGGGGGCUGAUAGCGCAGCUCGACUCUUAAACGUGCUGAAUGCAGAGAGUCUGUCAGACUGUUUAGGGGAUGAGAUGGCAGUGUAG